GCGGUGCGGGUCGGCCGUCGGCGCAGUGCAGGAGCCCGGCCGGCAGCGGUGUGCGGGCUGCACCGGCAGCGGCAGCAGCAGCAGCAGCAACAGCAGCGGCAGCAGCAGCAGCACUCCGCGGGCUGGCGGCGCUGGGAGCACGGCAGCGGGCUGCCCCGCAGGGCUCGGCGCUCCGCCUCGUCCCCGCCGGCCGCCGCACCCCGCCCGGGUCCCGCGGGUGCAGCAUGAAGCGCGGCGAUGAUGGCACGGCGGGGUAAGACGGCGGCGCGGACGCUGGAAGACCUGACGCUGGACUCCGGCUAUGGUGGCGCGGCGGACUCGGUGCGCUCCUCCAACUUGUCGCUGUGCUGCUCGGAUUCGCACCCCUCGUACCCCUAUGGAGGAAGCUGCCGGCCGCACCUAACUGACUCCAUGCACAGUCGCCACAACAGCUUCGACACCGUCAACACCGUCCUAGCGGAAGACUCCGAGGUGCUGGACUGCGCGGGGCAGCACUGCUCCCGGCUCCUGCCCGACCUUGAGGAGGUCCCCUGGAGCCUGGAGGAGGUGGAGGCGCUGCUGCAGCCGCCGCAGCCGCGCCGGGAUCCGCGGGCGCCGGGCGGCGGCGGCGGCGCGGCGGGGCGGGAUGCGGCGGCGCGGCUGUCCACGCUGGUGAGCCGCGCUCUGGUGCGCAUCGCCCGCGAGGCUCAGCGCCUCAGCCUGCGCUUCGCCAAGUGCACCAAGCACGAGGUGCGCAGCGCCAUGGAGAUCGUGCUGGGCUGGACGCUGUCCGCCCGCUGCACGGCGGCCGCUCUGGGAGCGCUCUCGCUCUACAACAUGAGCGGUAGCGGCGGGGACCGCUUCAGCCGCGGCAAGUCGGCGCGGUGCGGGCUGGCCUUCUCCGUCGGCAAGUUCUACCGCUGGAUGGUGGACAGCCGCGUGGCCCUGCGCAUCCACGAGCACGCCGCCAUCUACCUGACGGCCGGCACCGAGAGCCUCUUCCGCGACAUCCACGCUCGGGUGCUGGCCGGGGCCGGCUCCUCCGCCCCGCUGCCGCCGCCCGGCCGCACCACCCCCGCCGCAACCGCCGGCCCGGCCGAGAGGGAGAAGGAGGGCGCCGAGGGGCCGCGCUUCACGCUGGAGGCUCUGGAGCAGACGGUCAACAACGACCCCGAGCUGUGGGGGCUGCUGCAGCCGUACCAGCACCUCAUCUGCGGGAAGAACGCCAGCGGUGUUCUCUGCCUGCCAGACAGCUUGAACCUUCACAAAGACCAGCAGCGGUCAAACAAGCCUGGGGAAGUGCAGAUGUUCAGCCAGUCCGAGCUAAGGACCAUCGAGCAGUCUUUACUGGCUACGCGUGUGGGGAGCAUUGCCGAGCUCAGUGACCUCGUGUCCCGAGCCAUGCAUCACCUCCAGCCUCUGAAUGCCAAGCAGCAUGGGAAUGGCACACCGAUGCACCAGAAGCAGGGAUCACUCUACUGGGAGCCGGAGGCUUUGUACACCCUCUGCUACUUCAUGCACUGCCCGCAGAUGGAGUGGGAAAACCCAAAUGUGGAACCAUCAAAAGUUACGUUGCAGACUGAGAGGCCAUUCAUCGUGCUGCCGCCCCUGAUGGAGUGGAUUCGGGUCGCCGUGGCUCACGCGGGGCACCGUCGCAGCUUCUCGGUGGACAGUGAUGACGUACGGCAGGCAGCCAGGCUCUUGCUGCCCGGAGUUGACUGUGAACCUCGACAGCUAAAAAUCGACGACUGUUUUUGUGCAUCUCGGAAACUGGAUGCAGUUGCCACUGAAGCAAAGUUCAAGCAGGACCUCGGCUUCCGGAUGCUCAACUGUGGCCGAACGGAUCUGGUUAAACAGGCCAUAGCCUUGCUGGGGCCGGAUGGGAUUAACAGCAUGAGUGAACAGGGCAUGACUCCACUGAUGUAUGCUUGUGUCAGGGGUGAUGAGGCUAUGGUGCAGAUGCUGCUAGAUGCUGGAGCAGAUCUGAAUGCUGAGGUUGUCAGUACUGCUCAUAAAUACCCAUCCGUCCACCCUGAGACCCGCCAUUGGACAGCUCUGACAUUUGCUGUGUUGCAUGGACAUAUUCCUGUAGUUCAGUUGUUGUUAGAUGCUGGAGCAAAAGUAGAAGGUUCCCUGGAGCAUGGAGAAGAAAACUACUCUGAAACUCCUUUACAGUUGGCAGCAGCUGCCGGAAAUUUCGAGCUGGUCAGUUUGCUGUUGGAGCGAGGAGCUGACCCCAUGAUAGGAACUAUGUACAGGAACGGCAUUUCCAUGACUCCACAAGGUGACAUGAACUCUUUCAGUCAGGCCGCUGCUCAUGGACACAGCCAUCCAGAGGAACAUAGAUACAGGAAUGUCUUCCGUAAGCUACUUGCUCAGCCAGAGAAGGAAAAGAGUGAUAUCUUGUCUCUGGAGGAGAUACUGGCCGAAGGGACGGACCUACCUGACUCUGCAGCAGCUCCGCUUUGUGCCAGCCGCAACAGCAAGGCCAAACUGAAAGCCCUGAAGGAGGCCAUGUACCACAGUGCUGAGCAUGGAUAUGUGGAUGUGACCAUUGACAUACGGAGUAUAGGUGUUCCCUGGACACUGCACACAUGGCUGGAGUCCUUGCGAACAUCCUUCCAGCAGCACAGACGACCCCUCAUCCAGUGCUUGCUAAAGGAAUUCAAGUCCAUUCAAGAGGAAGAGUACACAGAAGAGCUCAUCACACAGGGGUUGCCUCUGAUGUUUGAGAUACUAAAAGCCAGCAAGUUCAGAAUAACCAGGACGCAAGUUAUCCACACGUGUACGUCAUGCAUUCUCCGUGUGAGAUGUGAACGCCAGAAUGAAGUGAUAAGUCAGCAGCUAUCUGUCAUUUUCACUCAUUGCUAUGGACCCUACCCUAUUCCAAAGCUUGUUGAAAUCAAGCGCAAGCAGACCUCUCGCUUAGAUCCCCAUUUUCUUAACAACAAAGAGAUGUCAGAUGUUACAUUUCUGGUGGAAGGAAGACCAUUUUAUGCACAUAGAGUGCUGCUAUUUACUGCAUCACCACGGUUUAAAGCAUUGCUGUCUAGCAAGCCCUCAACUGAUAGUACUUGUAUUGAGAUCAACUAUGUGAAGUACCCCAUCUUUCAGCUUGUUAUGCAGUAUCUUUACUAUGGAGGUGCAGAGUCACUCUUGAUUAAAAAUAAUGAAAUUAUGGAGCUUCUCUCUGCUGCUAAAUUUUUCCAGCUUGAAGCUUUACAACGACACUGUGAGAUCAUUUGUGCAAAAAGCAUUAAUACAGAAAACUGCGUGGAUAUUUAUAAUCAUGCCAAGUUUCUCGGAGUCACAGAACUAUCUUCCUAUUGCGAAGGAUACUUCCUAAAAAAUAUGAUGGUCCUCAUUGAAAACGAAGCUUUCAAGCAGCUGUUGUAUGACAAGAACGGAGAAACGUCUGGUCAGAAUGUACUACAGGACUUACAGAGGACGUUGGCCACAAGGAUUCAGUCAAUUCAUUUGUCUUCUUCAAAGGGCUCCAUUGUAUAAAGCUGAGGAAGAUGGUAACACUCUAAUAAAGACCCUGCAAGUUACGUCUCCUGUUGCAGUUGCUUAAACGAAUACACACAAAAUAGAUUCUACUUCACAUCCAAAUAGUUCUGUAUUGGCCAAAGGUGCUGCGUUGAGGCUGCCGCCUCGUUUGGAUGAGGGAAUAUGGAAAAUAUAGUUCCUGUAUGCUUCUGAGCAGCAGGCCUACCAGAGCGUCCGGUGCAUCGGUGUUGUACCCAAGUUCUGAACAUGAAAGUAUGGUCGUGGAGCUAGAUGCCAACAAAAGUCAGAACUCAUAUCAGUGAACAGCAGCAGCCCCUGCCUGAGCGGUGGUGCCAUGAAACACCUGAAUUGACCAAUUACACAUUUAAGGCGAAAUGUUCCAUCGUUUCACAUUUAAGAACUAUACCUAUCCCGGAGUCCAUUAUCUCAUACACUUAAAAAAUGUAAGAACUGUUGUUGCUGUUGAGCAAAAAGCGAUUGUGUUAAGAGAGCGGGUAAGACUGUUACAAUGGAGGAAGUAGACAUACUGGCAGAUUUUUAGGGGUGGGAACUUUUUAAAUUGUUCAUAAAAAUAAUGGGGUGGCCUUGUAGUUUAAAAACUAUUUCUUAAGCUUAUGGUUUCAUUUUCGACAGAGCUGUGUUUGAGAAUCUAUGUAACAUGUUUUGUUUUUUAAAUGGUUAAAAUGUACAUUGUGUAAACACACAUAUGAUCGAGUUUUGCUUGUAUUCUUUCCUAAAGUGGUAUAACCUUGCCUGACAGGCUAUGGUUACGCCAAAGAGGUACAUUACCCAGACUAUCUCUAAUACAGUAGUUGGGGGGGGGCAGGAAAACUGCAUGCUUCUUGUGAUUUGGGGUUAAAAACAAUGACGAACUCAACAUGCAUUUGCAUGGUAACUGUACCAGUGAAAUGUUUUGUUUGUGCUUCGUUUUGCCAAGACAAAUGCAAUGUUACUUCUUGUCAAACUCCAUCUGUAAAAUCGGCAUAUUAUUUUACUCAGUGCAGUUGGUUGUGAUAUGAUACCCCCAGAGACCUUCUCGAGAUGCUGAUUUCUGUUUGUUACAGUGAAGGGAUAAUAACAGAUCGUUCCUCUUGUGAUGUGUCGAUACUUUGCUACUGACCAGAGAUUGUGUCCAAGCUAGACUUUUAUAAAUUAUAAUUAAAUAUACUAUAGAAUGAUUUCUCA